GGGGGAGGGCUCCCGGUGGCAGCCCAGCUGAGGUGCCGGUGUCUGCGCCUCGGGCAGCCAGAGAGAAGGAUGAAGCCGCAGCCGGAGCAGCCCCCUUAUGAUUGGCUGUGGCGGUUGUAAGCCCGGAGUAAAGAUGGCGGGCGGGCCGGUGGCCGCCGCACUGCCCACUUGGAAGAUGGCGGCGCGCCGCAGCCCCAGUGCCCACGGCCGGGAGGUCCUGCGGGUGGUGGCGGGGCUGCUGCUGGUGCUGAGCUGCUGCUGCAGCUGGGGCAGUUGCGCCGGGGCCGGCGAGGCGGAGGAGACGGUGAUCAUCGGGUUGAGGCUGGAAGACACGAACGACGUGUCGUUUAUGGAAGGGGGGGCGCUGCGGGUGAGCGAGCGGACCCGGGUCAAGUUGCGGGUCUACGGGCAGAACAUCAACAACGAGACCUGGUCUCGCAUCGCUUUCACUGAGCACGAGCGGCGGCGGCAGGGCCAUGGGGAGAGGGGAGCCGGGGGCCCCCUGCAGCCGGAGCCGGAGAGCGGCCCCCAGCGCUGCGGCAUCCGCACCUCGGACAUCAUCAUCCUGCCCCACAUCGUCCUCAACCGCCGCACGUCGGGCAUCAUCGAGAUCGAAAUCAAGCCUCUGCGCAAGACGGAGAAGAGCAAAUCCUACUACCUGUGCACGUCGCUCUCCACGCCGCCCGUGGCGGCCGGCGGCCCCGGAUCAGCGGGCAGCGCCGUAGGGGGCAAAAGCGGCCGCGGCGUGGCCGGACUCCCUCCGCCCCCGUGGGCAGAGACCACCUGGAUCUACCACGAUGGCGAGGACACGAAGAUGAUAGUGGGGGAGGAGAAGAAGUUCUUGUUACCUUUCUGGUUGCAGGUGAUCUUCAUCUCGCUCUUGCUCUGCCUCUCGGGGAUGUUCAGCGGCCUCAACCUGGGACUGAUGGCGCUGGACCCCAUGGAGCUGCGCAUCGUGCAGAACUGCGGCACAGAGAAGGAGAAGAAUUACGCCAAGCGCAUCGAGCCGGUGCGCAGGCAGGGCAACUACCUGCUGUGCUCCCUGCUGCUGGGCAACGUGCUGGUCAACACUACCCUUACCAUCCUGCUGGACGACAUCGCGGGCUCCGGCCUGGUGGCCGUUGUGGUUUCCACCAUUGGCAUAGUCAUCUUUGGGGAGAUAGUGCCUCAGGCCAUCUGUUCCCGGCACGGCCUGGCAGUGGGCGCCAACACCAUCUUCCUCACCAAGUUUUUCAUGAUGAUGACCUUUCCUGCCUCUUACCCGGUCAGCAAGUUGCUGGACUGCGUCCUGGGCCAGGAGAUCGGCACAGUCUACAACCGCGAGAAACUGCUGGAGAUGCUUCGCGUCACCGACCCCUACAACGACCUCGUCAAGGAGGAGCUCAACAUCAUCCAAGGGGCGCUGGAGCUCCGCACCAAAACGGUGGAGGACGUGAUGACUCCGCUGCGAGACUGCUUCAUGAUCACUGGAGAGGCGAUCCUGGAUUUCAAUACGAUGUCGGAGAUCAUGGAGAGCGGUUACACUCGCAUCCCGGUCUUCGAAGGGGAGCGCUCCAACAUCGUGGACCUUCUCUUUGUCAAGGACUUGGCGUUCGUUGAUCCCGAUGAUUCCACUCCCUUGAAAACCAUCACGAAGUUUUACAAUCACCCUUUGCAUUUUGUUUUUAAUGACACUAAGCUGGACGCCAUGCUGGAAGAAUUUAAGAAAGGUAAAUCUCAUCUGGCCAUAGUGCAGCGGGUAAACAAUGAGGGAGAAGGGGAUCCAUUCUAUGAAGUGCUGGGAAUUGUCACUUUGGAAGAUGUGAUUGAAGAAAUCAUCAAGUCAGAGAUCCUAGAUGAAACAGAUUUAUACACUGAUAAUAGGACUAAAAAGAAAGUGGCCCAUCGGGAAAGGAAGCAAGAUUUCUCUGCCUUCAAGCAGACAGACAGUGAGAUGAAGGUUAAAAUAUCACCACAGUUGCUCCUGGCAAUGCACCGUUUCCUAGCAACAGAAGUAGAAGCAUUUAGCCCGUCCCAGAUGUCAGAGAAGAUCCUUCUAAGGCUGCUAAAACAUCCCAAUGUCAUCCAGGAGCUGAAGUAUGAUGAGAAGAACAAGAAAGCCCCAGAAUACUACCUCUACCAGCGAAACAAACCUGUAGACUACUUCGUUCUCAUUUUGCAGGGGAAAGUGGAAGUUGAAGCUGGGAAAGAAGGGAUGAAGUUUGAAGCGAGCGCCUUUUCCUACUACGGCGUGAUGGCGCUCACGGCGGCUCCAGUUCCUCUGUCCCUGUCUCGUACCUUUGUUGUCAACAGAACAGAGUUGUUAGCAGCAGGUUCUCCAGCUGAAAACAAGUCACCUCCUCGUCCAUGUGGCUUGAAUCAUUCUGAUUCUCUCAAUCGAAGUGACCGGAUUGAUGCAGUGACCCCAACACUAGGGAAUAGCAACAACCAGCUUAAUUCGUCUUUUCUUCAAGUGUACGUCCCUGAUUACUCAGUGAGAGCCCUCUCAGACAUUCAGUUUGUGAAGAUCACAAGACAGCAGUACCAAAAUGCCUUGAUGGCAUCCCGGAUGGACAAAACUCCUCAGUCUUCAGACAGCGAAAACACUAAAAUUGAACUGACUCUUACAGAGCUGCAUGAUGGGUUGCCAGAUGAAACGGCUAACCUGCUCAAUGAACAGAAUUGUGUGACUCACAGUAAAGCUAAUCACAGUCUGCAUAGCGAAGGUGCCAUCUAGGACUUCUUGGUGGCCCCUCGCCCCCGGAUGGUCACGGUCUGAAGUGGGGUCCUGCCGUGUUGCUGCCCUCCUCAGUCUCCUGAACAGGACCCUCCAGCCCGAGUCGCCCCCGCCUUCUCCCCGUCUGACCGCGUCUACCACUAGUAUGCGCCCCUACGCCGUGCUGCCUCCUGCACCAUUCUGAGACCAAAGACUUUGUGCCCUUCCUGGGAACAGCAGAGGAAGCAAUGCAAGGGAUGGCACGGGAGGCAAGCCGCAGAGCCACCUGCCCAGAGACGUCAGCCGGAGUCCAGACAUGUGCUUCCUCCUGCUUCAAUAGAAUCACGUUUAUUUUUCCGGCCAGAUCUUUUAUCCUGGUUCAUUUGCCUCCUUCUUAGAUAAGCAUGAAGAAGUUUAAAAUUGUUGCAAUCUAUUUUUUUCAAGAGAUCAUGUUUUUAAAUGUUUUUUGCAGAGUUUUAAAUUGUUUUUGUUUUGUCCAAACUCUGCUGUGAUCCCAGAAACUGAUCCAGCUCAGGUGGAUUUUGCUUCCCUUCCUCCCACCCCCCACACACUUCCCACUGGUCUCUGGUUUUUUUUUUCUCAGCAGCCUCGUGAAUAGGCAGCCAUGUCAUUCCCACGUGAAUCCCUCUCUCCCCCAAAGGACACAAUCAAGAAAAUGAGAGUCAUCCUAGCUACGGUGGACCUUCCGAGUUUGCGACUGUCUGAGAGUGGUUCGGAGAGCCGCCUGCUGACCGGGAAUUGGAUGGUUAACUGGGCCUCUUUCCCUUAAGAAGUCUUAGAAUUUGAUUUGGAAAUGUGGUUUUGUUCCCACACUAGAGAAUUUUAACAACAAAAUGUGUUUUAUUGAAUUUUAAACUUGUUGGAUAACAGAACAAUGGGCCUGGGGAAUAUUGAGCCUAUUCAGACUGGUGCCCAGCCUAGGCAGGGAAUCUCAGGUUCAGGUCAGCCUUCCUCCCAACCCUGGGGCAUCCCUUCUCUGAUGAGGAGGGGGAAAGGACAAGGAGACCACCCACCCCUCAGCUUUAAAGAGCUCUAACUCCCUUUCCCCAAAGCUCAUUGUUGUUCCUCCAAGAUGCUGCUAUACCGAUGCCAAAAGGAAUUCUUCUCUGGGGCUUUUCAAUAGAAACAUGGUGUGGAUUCCGGGUCCUGUCAUUGGAGACACAGGAUUGGAGCCUCGGUUUCCAAGGGGGUGGGGACUUAUGGGCACCUUUCAGGGAAGCAGCUCUUGUGUUUCCCCUCCCUUCUCUCUCGCUGUUCUUUUAGACGUUGUCUGGAGGCCGGCCUACGGAGCCCCCCUCUGGUGGAUGGUCUGCGGAGCUGUGGGACGGGACCACUGGGCCCCGUGGGUUUCCAGAAACCAAAUGUGUAUCAUGGCCAGUAUAUGUGUGUCUCUUCUCAAUACCAAAUGCUGUCAUCUGUUGUCAAAUCCAGGCCAAUGGGCGCUGCUUGACUGGUCAGAGUCACUCCUUGUCCACCUUGGGAGUGCUAGCUUAAGGGAAAUGUGCCUUGUGAGGGCAGCAUUCACAUAUUGAAAUGAACCGAUGUUGACCAUGGCUUUCUUAUCGACUUUCAGUACAUGUUGCAUCCAGACACUAGCAAACUAUGUAGCAUUUCCUUCUUUCUUUGUUCAUUUGAUCAGAAUGAGCUCCAAGUAUAUUUAUCCUCGGUUUGAAGUGAUCGGACUAAGUAGUUGGUUUCUCCCUCCCCUAAGGAUACAAGUAGCCCCAGCUGGUAUAUUGGGUUCAUCCUUUAUGUGGGGGGCAAAGAAAGGGUGGUUUCUGAGAAGAUGCAAGUCAGCCACAAAAUGUGACCAAAACUUGAAUGUUUCACUGUCUGACCGGCUUAGCAGCUGUGCCCAGCCCAGUGGAAGAACUUGGUGUUCUCCCAAAGUGGGUUGUUAGCCCAGGAUUCUGGCAUGUGUGAUAGCCCUGGGAGACGCUCAGGACAUACUCGGUGGUUUAGAUGAAAGGCAUCCUAAGGACAUCCCUCAGUUGAGGUCAGAUCUGUUCACAGCAAAUUCCAUCCUAGACAAAACGUUUUCAUUUCCUAAUGGGCUCUAAAGAGAUUGGUGAAUAGUUUGUAACUGUGAAGAGAAGGGUUGGGAUAGGGCACCUGAGCCUGUCCUUUAAUGGAACCGACCUGAGCUUCAAGAUAGAAUAGUGAGAGGCAUGCUGCUCUGUGGGUCUUGGAAUCCCCAAUCUUUUUUUCUCUGCCAACCUCCUGGAACUUUAGGUUCUUGAGCCCUCAAAGUUCUUUCUCUCACAUCACCCUAGUCGGCUUCUGGCUUUCCAAAUACAGCCCUACCCAAAGCUUUUGGGCACAACUUCCUAAAGGAAAACUUAGCAUGUUAAUAACCAAAAAAGAGCCUUUCCCCCUAAGAUUUCAUGAUCUUGCUAUUAUACUCUGUUCAGAUCAAUUGGUUUAAAUUGGGUUGGAUUAUGUUGAGAGAAAUCCUACAGUAUUGUGAGAUUUGGGGAAACAGACUAAAAAACCACUUAUUGAUUGCUUGACUUUGGGCCCAAUGUAGUAAAACUCCUAAAUUUUUUUUUAUUCAAAAUAUAUUUGCCUUUUUGAAGAAUGUUCUUAUGUGGAGGAACUCAUGGUCCAGAAGUAAAGUCCAUAGUAAAAAUUUUAGCAGAUUUCUGUCCCCGAUAUUUGCAGAUAUCAUUCUAACUCAUUUUUCAGAAAUGAAAUCCAAGAUUUAAUUAUGGGAUGUUAUUAAUAUUAUAAACAACAGGUUAUUAAGUAUAAUUUCAUUUUGGCUUUUGAAAAUAUUUUAUACCAAAAUUUGAUGAAUACUAGGGAUUUUGAACAUUUUUAGAUAAUACUCAGAAAUCUGGUUCUUCAGUAUCUCCUUCUAGCCUCAUUUCAACUUUGGGAAUUGACACAAUUGUCCCUCAGACAAUGCAGAGGAGGCGCCUUAAGCUGAGUUGAACUCUACACACACUCAAGUUCAUGCCUCCCAAGGACUGUUAUUUUGGCUUAAGAUUUUCUCCUCCAAUUUCUGCUGGGCAUUGGUUGACAUGAGUCCACAAUCCAUGUCAACCAAAUAAUUGCACCAAGACGGGAAGGACAGUGUUAGUAACUAGUGCCAAAAACAUCUGGGAAGAAGACUCCUGAAUUACUCCAUUGGGCUGCAUAGUCUGCUAAAAAGAAUCAAAAGUAGAUUGGCUUCAUGAGCUAUAAUGGGAUGCUUCAGGACUUUAAAACUCCGGGAGACAAAUUACUGCCCCUGUCUAGGAAUUAGGAGCCAUGGCCAUGUACAAUAGAAACCCUUAAAAUCAGGAGGCCUGAAAGGAUAGGUUGGGCACCAGAGUAAAGCAAGGUGGUGGGAUCAAGUCCUGAAAGGUCAUAAUUGAUUUAGAAACAACACGGACAAACUAAUGUGAUGAUGUGGAAGCCUCACCUGGAAUAAGAUCCCAAAUGCUCAGUAAUUCUCAGGGUUUGCUCCUUUUCCUCUACACUUAUUUUCUGCUCUGUACUCAUGGGCCACGGUAAAUUCUUUACCAAUUAUGGGAAACGAGGGCUUAGGACUUAGUCUUAGAAAGUUGAACUGCUAGUUAACUUGAGUCUGUCUUUAUCAGGUUUUGUACUCAUAGGAAAGAUAAAGCAUAUGGCUGUUCUCUAUUAAUCUACCUUUGGCACCAGAGUUCUUUGAGUAGCAUAGGAAAAUUGAAGCUGAGCCCCUGCAUGCACUCCACCAUGCAUAAGUCCUUUGUACCUAAUGGCCUAGCACUGUCAGACUGAAAAGAUAAUUGUGAAAAUGUGAGGUUUUUUCUUUGAUCAAGCAGACAAAACACUUGGCCAACAUUUCUCAGCAAGAAUUUGAAUCCAAUUGAGAUUCAAAAAGUUCCCCUCAAAUUCCAUGACCAAGGUCUUUGUUUAUACAAGAUCAUGAUUCAUCAGCCCCUUUAAGCUGCCUCCUCGAGCCUUGUGGUAAUAUAUAUUUUUAGUCAGGCAACUGUGGUUGGAUCCAGGAACAUCGACAUUUCUGGGGCUGGCAGAAAGACCCCCAAAUCUCACUUGUCAUUUCAUCCACUAAUAUGUCUAUCAGAAGGACAAUCCCAGCUCACUGUGUUCCCUGGCAGUGGAGAUGCCCUGCAAAAUCUGGAAUGGAAAGAGUGUUGCCCUGUCCCCAGUGAUUGAGAAUGGAAAAUUGAUAGAAGUAUGUUUUAGAGCAUCAUCCCAGGUUGUCUGAUCUCCUCAAUGAAUUUUUAAUUGGAACAACGAUCCCCUUUCUCUGCUCUGAUCCUGGUACCAAAGAGGAAUUAUUCUUAGAUGAAAGUAAAUUUAAGGAAUUGGGAAAAGAAAUAAAGAGAUGGUAGCAUAUGUCAUCUGUGGAGGGGAUAGAGAAAGGAGAAAACGACUGUGUGUUUGCCAGAGGUGCCAUAUUGGGACUUACAAAUCUUCUGAUUUAUCACUAAGAAAAUUCUCCUGCCCUAUACUUUUUACUAACCUAUUAGGCUCUGGGUAAACAAAUUUUCCUCCAUUAGGUUAUCCUCAGUCACUUUAUCUCUCUCUCUCUCCAGAAUUUGGGAUUUGGGUUAAAUUGAGGGAGAUGUUUGGCAUAUAAGAUCAAUAGGAAGAAGAGUCACAAUUUUUUUUUUUACUUGACUAGUCAUUGGAUCCUAGUUGGAUGGAUUUCUCAUACCUCAGAUUCAUAAUUCUUUAUUUAAAUGACAAUUUCCAUUCUCUUCUGCAAAGUUUAUUAGGAAGCUAAAUUUUAGAAAAUCUUCAAAAUUAAAGUUUAUUCUGCACCCCUCCUUUUGAGAAGUCAAAGUUAUCCCCGUCAAGCCUACACGAGGAAGGAAGGAGCUUUCGAUCUCUUGUUCCAAGGAUUGCCCUCUCAGCCCGCUCUUUCUCCUCCUAAGGGAUUUCUUUCCUGCAGACAUUUCCUAAUGCCCAUGAGGUGUGCAGCUUUGUUGCUUUCUAGAUUUGUCUGCAGAGGAGGGAAGGAGGAAAUGUUGGGUUCCCUUUAGCUGCUUUUCUCCCAGACCACCUCUGCCAGACAUCUUUCCAGACUGACAUUGCUGUCAUUAGCUGAGACGAGGGAUCAUCAUGGAGAGGAGGCCUGCUAGUAGCUGAGUCCCGAGAGGAACUUCAGCUACGUCUCUCAUAUAGGGACCUGGACUUGCUCUUCUGGCCUCUGCCAUGUCAGCUCAGCUAGGCUCCCUGACAUUCUGGAACUCCCUGUAUUAUCAGAAUUGUUAUAAUUAUUGGAUACAAACUGACUUGUACUGAACUGUUAAGGAAAGGAGAAUCUAUAUAAUCUGGGACAGCUGCAGUUUGGGGCGUUAUCAGUGUUCGCACACCGACAUCCAUACCUUGGAUCAAAACCUCAGACCUCCAGUUUUUAAGGAGGGCUAGCUGCCCUUCCUGCUGGGAUAAGACCCUUCUGCAGCCAGAGUUCCAGUCCAGUUCUUACUGAUCCUCCCAGGAAUCUGCCUGGGCAAAGCUAGUGAAUAAUGCCAGGAAGGGGAAGGGGAAUCACAGGGGCGCCCUCAUUGAAAACCACUACCGGAGUCCGCUGGAAGGUCACUGGCAAGUGGGGGCAUUUGCUCUGCAUUAGUGAUGGCUCCCAUCUGGUACCACUAUCUUGCCUUUAAACAGUAUUUAAGAUGCCCACAAAGGCCAAGGGAGGUGAGAAUGAUGGAGAGCAUCCUUUUAUUCCCACAGAUAACCUACAUCUGGUCUGGCUUCAGCUUAAUCUUGAGAUGUUGUCAUUGCUCUGUGCCGAGGUCAGUUGUAAAGGGUUUAGAGCCUGGAGGGUGAGGAUGGAGCAAGGACUUCUUAUUCCUAGAAUCCUUUAAAUCCUCAAGUGUACAUGCUUUAUUUUAUAUUAUUAUUAUUAUUAUUUAUUAUCAUGUAAAUACAUCCUUCCUGUUUUCUUCCACAGUCUUAAGGUGAGAAAUCCUUAUCUGAUUUCUACCAGAUAGGCUCUAUUUUUAGAAUAGGAUUUUGCUCUCAUCAGCUGGUCCCAAGGAUCUUCCUCUCCCCUUUCUUCUAGGAGCAGAGGUUGAGAAAUGUAGAUUCGACCUUGGACCUUGCCUUCUUAGAUCUCAGUAGCGACUAGUAGACACCUUUUGAUGAAGUGGGGAAUUUUGUCUUCCACUGGCCACUAAAGAGACAAUUCCUAGAUUUCUUCCCCUUGCUGCAGAGAUAGUGAUGGUUCAGGGUACUGGAAAGAACCAAAUGUUGUGCUUUCCCUCUCCUUCAGGAAGCUGCUCUUUGGUUUGUCUCAGAGACUCCAAACUUAGAGAACCUCAACAUCUUUGGAGUCGCUUUCAGAGUUUAGGGAGAGGGUGAUUUGAGGCUCAGGGGAAGAAGCUCUGACAUUACAAAGUGACUAAGCCUGGAAUGAUUUGGGAGUUGAAAGGCUGGUGGGGGAAAUGACCAAGAGAAAUAGAAUGGAAAUGGGAAUGGAGGAGAAAAAAAUUAUGUUUUAUUCAAAUGAUAAACAAGCUUAGGCCCUGGGGAUACUAACAGUUGUAAAAAUGGCACAUCAGGCAAUCUUAUCCCUUUAUUUCCUCUGCCAAGUGCCAGGCACCCAAACCUAAAUUGUUUCCAUUUUCCCAUCUCAGACUGCAGAAUUUGUCUGGACCAUGGAAGCUGCCUUGCCCCAUCUGGGAUCUUAAAAUGCCUUUUUCUUUGAUUUUGAGGUAUCCCUUUCCCCAAACAGUGACCAUUCCCUUGUAAACUCAGGGUGGCCAGUGCAGGCUGCCUUGGCCUUUUAGAGAGGAUCUCUCUUAGGGUCUGAUUUUCAUACUCUGAUCUUUGUUCAUUGUAUCAUAGUGUACAUUAUGUGCUUUUCUGAGAUGGAGGCUUCUGAAUCCAGUAUUUGGGACUGUAUCCAUAAACCUGCGUAAGCACAAUGAUGGUGAUGAUGAUGUGUAUACAUUUCAUAAGCUGAUUGUCAUAAUGAAUGCAUUUUAUAAUUCAAAUGAUGUUGUAGAUUUACAAUCUCUCCUAUUUAUUUUGUACUGAUUUAUUUGUAUAUUUUGUGAUUUGUUUAAAAAGGGUUUUAUUCUUUUUAGAUAAAAAUGGUGAUUUUUCUGUUCAAUUUUCCAGUGGCUAUGUGUUGUUGCCUGUUCCACAGGAUGCUAAAACCAUGUAUUUUUCAUCCCAACUCCUCUCCUUGUUCUGCCCAGCUGUGGACAAAAACAAAACAAAACAAAACAAAAAUGCUUUCCUGACAGCCAGUCAGCUGGGCAGUUUCCUGGCUUGAGCCUCCAACUCCUAGCUUCCCUUCUCUUAGUAAGGUCGGAGACUCCAUCCACUCUUGCCCCCAGCCCCAGCAUGCUGAUCAGGACAUGUGGUUCUGCUCGAGCUUCUCAGAGUUUUGCAGAACCCCUAGCCCUGCAGAGCCACUUGUGGCCCAAGCCAAGCCUCUGACUGCCCAACAGCCACAGACCAUUUUCAGGCCCUGUGCUCAAACCGGGCCGGGCUCCCUGGCCUGCCCCCUCAGAACCAUCCGCAGAAGAAGGCUGGAGAGAGGAAUGGAUCCCGAGGCUCACUUACUGAACUAGAAGCAGGGUAGAGCAGGGAGGCUACAGAUGAUUUGGGAAAUCAGAAUAGGAAGUGGCUCCGCAAGGUGUCAGCCCUGGUCUUCAUGGUCCAGCCUGGCACCCGCUGGAGGCCCUAUCUCCUUGUUCCAUCUCUCCCUUUCCUUCCUUGAGCUGCCUGCUUACCCACUCUCUGCUCUCAGCUCUGAAGCCUGCAGAAGGUGGUUUUAUGUGCCCAGAGCCCCCUGAACCUGGCUGAGGAGCCUGCCUUCCCAGCAUCCUCUGGUCUGUCUCUUUCCCUCUGGGUUUUAAAUGACAUUGUCUCUCAGAAUCCAGUUUCUUCCCCUCGGCCCUUUCUUUUCCCGACUGUCCUGUUUGCCCCUCUGCAGUCUGCUCCGUUGGACUUCCAUUUGUCCUGUGGUUAGAGACUACGUCUUCAGGAGAGCCAGUGGCCUUGCCUCCGUCUGUCCUGCCCCCCAGUUUUGCCCCUAACAACAGCUUUUCUGGAAGUAGAUUUGUGCACCAAUGGAAUCUUUUCGGAAGGUUCUCUCUCAUCCCCCUGGCCCUGCCCUCUGGCCGGUGCUUUCCCAGUCACUUAUUUUGUCUGGUUCCAAGAUCGACUCAGGAAAUGUGUCAAGGGAAGUGAAGGAAGUGAUUUCUUAACUGUUAGGACAACUCUUCAGAUGCCUGUGAUGUCCUCUGCAUCCAGGGGUACCCAUGGUUGUCAGUUCCUUUCUAAGCUUUAUCAUGUGCUUUUGGGGAAGGGGAAAGAAAAGGUGGGUUCAGUCGACCCGUUGCCCUCCCAGCACAUCUUUUCAUCUCAGCACAUCUAAUGAUGGAACCCAAAUCAAUCAAAAGAUUCUUUGGCGAAAGUGAGUGGAGCAAAAAGAUUGACUAGAGUUGGUUUCUGGAAAUUGUCCUUUUAUACUUUUUGAAAGGUAUUAUUGACUUUAAUAAAGAGAUGAUUCCUAAUUAAAGCCGAAAACACUGAAUUAUGUUGAAUGGCUAAUAAAUACUUUUGCUUUCUUUGUA